AGUAGGCCGGUUUCCAUUCUCCCACUCUGAUUUCGAUCCAAGCAGUCUACUUGGUAGGUGCACACAACAAUACUUGUCACUGCUGUUUGAAAUUGCAAGAGAGAAGCAAGAAGAAAUUUCACUCAGCACCAAGAUGGACCGAACGAGCGUUACAUCCCGAAUUCCGACCGGCUUGAGGGUUCCGAGAGGCUAUCGGGCCACCCAAGCAAUUGGAGGUAAAGCGGAAUCGGGAGGGAAAGUUCGUUUUCCAAGCAAGACUAUUCCAACCGCGAACGAGAUAGAUCCUGAAGAGAGCUUGAUUGAGGACGAAAAUUUUCCGCCGUUGUUCUAUGAAGACAUAGAGGAUACUGGAGACGACCCGUACGACUGGGAGCCGAUAAACAUUUCCGAGAUCGACGAGGUAUAUUUUCGGAAGCUGAAGGCUGAAUGGGAGCUUCAAAAAAUGAGAGUGGAAAACUCCAGAUUGCGGCAGGAGAAUCAACGGCUAAAAACAGCAGCAAAAGGGGUAAGACUAUUUAAGUAUUGUUGUUUGAAAAUGCUGCUGGUUGUUGCAGGAGAAGUGGCGCAGUCGCUCUUUGUUUAAAUUUUCUAUCAUAAACAUAAUUGGGAGUGUUUUUGUGUGUUAUCUUCAAUUUUUGUUAUUAUUUCAAGUUGUGUUUUGUUUGAUAUAUUUUGAUGUUUAAUUUUUUCCUUUAGUAUUUGGAUGUUUUU